AUGGCAAACCCAUCGACCACGACAGUCGAGCAGGACGAGCUCUCCAUCCCCAUCAUCGACUUCGAGCCUUUCCUCACCGGAUCACCCUCCGAUAAGCACGCCGUCGCCGUCGCCAUGACCAACGCCUUCAAGACCUCCGGCUUCCUCUACCUGAAGAACCACGGCAUCCCCCCCUCUGUCGUAUCCGAAGUCUUUGCCUCGUCUGCCCGCUUUUUCGCCCGUCCUCAGGCCCAAAAGGACAGCCUCGCCUGGACGACCCCCGAGGCCAACCGCGGGUACGUCGUCUACGGCCGGGAGAAAGUCACGCAGUCGAGCGACGUGGCCAGCAUCGCGGCGCUGCGGCGCACAAACCCGGAUCUCAAGGAGAGCAUGGAGAUCGGGCGCGACGGCGUGCCGGGCCUGCCGAACCGCUGGCCGGACCAUCUCGACGACGAAGGCAAGGCGUUCAAGCGCGUGAUGCAGGACUUCUUCGCCCGAGGCCAGGACCUGCACGUCAAGGUCAUGCGCGCCAUCGCGCUCGGCAUGGGCCUCCCCGAGACCUUCUUCGACGCCUUCGUCGACAAGGCAGAC